CACAAGUCCAGUGUCAAGUCCCUCCAUCUACGAUGGACACGGCAGUGGUCUAUGCGGACUUACACCUAGCCAGGACCGGAGAGCCCAAGCGCGAGCCACCUCCAUCUCUUUCCCCAGACACCUGCCAGUGCCCGCGCUGGCAUCGAUUGGCUCUGAAACUCGGCUGUGCUUGCCUCAUCCUUCUUGUCCUGAGUGUGAUUGGACUCGGUGUCUUAGUGCUAACAUUAUUACAAAAACCAUUGAUACAAAACAGCCCUGCGGAUGUUCAAGAGAACAGGACAAAAACAACAGAUAGUCCAGCUAAGUUAAAGUGCCCAAAAGACUGGCAUUCACACCAAGAUAAAUGCUUUCAUGUUUCUCAAACUUCCAUCACUUGGAAGGGAAGUCUAGCUGACUGUGGUGGAAAAGGAGCCACGUUGCUGCUCGUUCAAGACCAAGAAGAACUGAGAUUCCUACGGAACUUGACAAAGAGAAUAAGCAGCUCAUUCUGGAUUGGAUUAAGUUACACAUUGUCAGACGAGAAGUGGAAGUGGAUAAACGGCUCGACUUUAAAUUCUGAUGCAUUAAACAUCACUGGUGACACUGAAAAGGACAGCUGUGCCUCCGUCUCACAGGACAAAGUGCUUUCUGAGAGCUGUGAUUCAGACAAUAUAUGGAUCUGCCAAAAGGAACUAAAACGAGAAAGCACGUGCAAUGACUCCUGACUGCGAAUCGUACCUCGAUUACUUUACCAUCCACACCAGAUCUCUGCGCCUGACCUGUCUCUGCUGCCUGCUUCCCCGUGCAGCAGUGGCACAAAGCAUGGGCUCUGAAAGCACUGUGAGUCUUACAGAUUCUUCGUUGCGUAGAUAUAAACGUACGCAGACCCAGAUGUGCCAUCCUAUGAGGGGAGUUCUGUGGAAAGAAGACCAGGCAGCUGAGGGGCGCUGGAUUCUAACCCAGGAGUCUGUGCGAUCUUUGUUGGUCUCUGUGUCUGAGGUCAUCAGCAGACGACCACGGAAAACUGUUUACAAAGCCCCCGCUCUCUUGCCUAACUCCUCCCAGCCAUCACUCUGGGCUGUAGAGCAUGAAUUAAAGCCUUUGACCUUGACUGACUCCAGAAAGCCCAGGGUUAAGGGAUUUAAGGAAAAGACUGACAGUGGUUUAAGUAGCGCCCACAAAAUCCUGGGUAAACUGAACUCUGGUCAUGUGACACCUCCACCAGGCCACGAUGCUCACCAGCAGACCCUGGGCCAAUGCUGGCACCUUGGUGCUAGGCUUCUCAGCUCUAUAACUGGAAGAGAAGAGCUUUUCUUUGAAAGGUUUCGGUUUAUGUGACAGAAAAGCAAACUAAGGUAACUUAGCUCUUCCCGCCUGCCGUCCUUUUUCUAGUUUGCUUGGCAUUUCUUCUUUCCAGGCUUGGGGGAAAUUAAGCUUUAAAAAGAGAUACAUCUUUUGGAUGUCCCCCUUUCUAAAAAUUUGCCAAACUGUCCAUGAAAAUAAAAGGAGUAAGAGUAUUGAAUUUAA